UAUGCAGAACAAAUAAAACGUUCGAAGCAAAGAAGUUAUCAUUGUUCACCCUACGUCAUCACAGGGUCAGUAGCCAUGGUGAUACUUCAACAAAAGGAUGAUUGGUCACAUUAAUCUAGUCCUGGAAUGUCGAAACUUCGGAGAGGCUCAAAACAAUGCAAAGAAGCUGCUUAAAACAACAUAGACUUAAACCAAGAGAGGACUUCAUAUUUAGAACAAAGACGUGUAUUAAGCAGUUUGCCGCGACGACCUCCAAGUCUGCCUUCUGGUUCCAAUUCUGACUCAAGAUACUAGAAAGACUUUGGCAGUAAACCUUUGGUACCCUGAAAAACAGACAAGAUUUCAAGGAUUCGUGGAUCACACUGUACAUGUGCAUCUGGUCUGGACAAGGCAAUAGACAUGUACACACACUGCUGCAUUGUUCGUUGUCAUUAAAGGCAGCUAUAAUGCUGAGGGACUCCAAAUCCUAUUGGCGGACACCUGCUGCAAUGUCAAAGGUGGGCACCAUCUCUUUCAGUUUUUCAAUGCAACCAAAACAUAAUGGUUCCUCCAAUUUGGUCCACAAUUCCCAGGGUCUGGUGUAACUUUGAUUUGGUCAACUUUUACAACCAUAUUCCUCAAUAAAUCCCAAACAUUCACUAUUAUAAAACCUAAUGUUUAUCAUCAUAAAACCUUUGGUAUAGAUUUUCCACACAUUUUCUUGUUUUUCUGCAAGUUGUUCAAAUCCGUAGCCGACCAUUAAUGGACUCUUAUGAAAGUACAGUGGACUGGUAAUAGUGGCGUGCUAUAUUGGAUUUAAGCUGCAUUUGCGUCCAAGCCAAUUAACUAAUCCAGUAUCCUUUACCGCAUGGGGGCUGGUGAGGUCAUCUAGAAUGGCGUAAUCAGAUUGGAGCGUCUACUACAAGGUGACACUAAAUGUAAGUCCCACGUCGACAACAAUACAGCCGAGUCCACGCAUUGUGAAGAAUCAGACGGAAGAGAGGAUGUGAGGAGGUGGCUUGGCCUUGUCUUUUUUUCCUCCACAAUGGACUAAAAAAAAGACACUGGACAAAAAGAGACAAGCUCCGCCUUCUAUACCAUGGCGGACUCCCAUGCAAGCAAAAAAGCGGGAUAUGGACACCAGCAAAAAGACACGUCACUAAGCCACACACAGACUCUGAGUCAAGGCGCAGCGGACAGCAGCGGCGAUACUCACCUACGGAAACUCAACGGCUCUUCUGCAGAGGUACCAAGCUACCAGAACUUGCAUCGGGAGCUGCUGCUCAGCCACAAGCGGGGCCUUGUGCUGGAGGAGAAGCCGGAGCUGAAGCGUGUGCUGGAGCAGCGGCGGCUGGAGUUGCACAGAGAGCAGGAGAUGGCUCAGCAGGGGCCUUCUGACCUGGAGACGGAGCUCCGCAAGAGACAGCAGAAGCUACGAGAGUACGAGCAAGAGGAGAUCAGGCAGAGGGAGAAUCAGCAGAAGAUACCCGAGUUUGUUCGUGUGAAGGACAACCUAAGACGCACGCAGAUGUUCGAGCAGUGACGUCCCUUCCAUGCAGCCUCCAUUGUUGCAUGUCAUACACUGGGUUUCAAAUUGUGUCUUGUGUGUCCAACUUUGAACAAUAAGUCACUUAUGCCAGAAAACACAAAAAACCCUAUACAGUACAUGCAGGUAGUUAUCUUUGUGUGUACUGAGGGAGUGACUGAGCUGAUGUUUUCUUUCUUUUUUUUUUUUUUUUUUUACUGUCAUUCAUUAUUCCUAACUCAUGCAGUUGUAUUUACUCCUAAGAAACAAUUCCCCCGGCAGACCUUUGCCAUGAGGCAUUUUCAGGAUGAUUUGGGAUAAUACAUAUAACAAAACAUCUGUCAGUAUUACUAAUUGAAAGGUGUCUGUCACAACUUUUGCUGUUCCCAGAGUGCAGUGAAAUAAAGCCUACGGUUCACAGAUUCACUCGUGUUUUAUUGGACACCAUUCAAAUGGUUUGGCGAUCGAUUUGCAUGCAGCUCUUCUCCCAGAGGACUUGUGCCUCUUUCACAUGGAUAUGACUCUUUGUUUAAUGAGCUGGUCUUUUCAUUCCUUCACGGAGUGAGAGGAGAAAGCUGACCAUCUGGACGAAGCUUUUCAUGACACGCAGGCAGUGAAUACCCAAGGGUCCGGUUAAGGCACUAAAGACAUUUGGCAAACUGAGGGCAAGCCACUGACUUAUAUUGGUGCACAUCUGAUGUAUAAGCUGUUUUUCUUUGUACAUGUGUAAUAAUUACCAUGUUAAUAAUUGUUUACGGUCUAAAACUAUAAAAGGCUUAAAACGCCUGAAGAUUAUUUGUGAUGACAGGAUAUCUUAAAUUUUAAGAAAGCCAUGAUAAAAUAAAAUUAUUGGACAGUGACUCUAAUUUGCAGCGUUUAUAAAUGUGAACAAUCGAAUGUAAAUCUGAAAUGCCUGUUUUGCUUAGAGCUCUGACAAUUCCACAGCAAUGUGGUACAGUAUUUUUAAGAAAUGUGAACUGGAGAUUUAACCCCGUAAAGGGCACUCAUUUAACUCACUGGCUGCCAUUGUUGGAGCUCGAUGCCCACUACAGUGUAUCACAAAAGUGAGUACACCCCUCGCAUUUCUGCAGAUAUUUAUAUCUUUUCAUGGGACAACACUGACAAAAUGACACUUUGACACAAUGAAAAGUAGUCUGUGUGGAGCUUAUAUAAUUGACUUAGAAGAAAGCCCGCCCGUCUCAUCAGACCAUAGGACAUGGUUCAGUACUCCAUGUGCUUUGUUAACAUGUCUUCAGCAAACUGUUUGUGGGCUUUCUUGUGUACCGGUUUCAGAAGAGGCUUCCUCCUGGGGUGACAGCCAUGCACACCAAUUUGAUGUAGAGUGGGGUGUAUGGUUUGAGCAUUAACAGGCUGACCCCGCAUCUCUUCAAUCUCUGUAGCAAUGCUGACAGCACUCCUGUAACGUGUCACAUGACAUUUUGGAGGGAAAAUGACAAGCAGUAUUCAAUUUGGACAUUUAGGGAUGUACGUAGUUUCUAUGGGGUGUACUCACUUUUGUUGCCAGAGGUUUAGAUAUUAAUUAAGGCUGCAGCUAUCGAUUAUUUUAGUAGUCGAAUAAUCGAUGAACAAGUUAGUUCGAAUAAUUGAGUAAUCGGAUAAGGAACGUGAAAAAUUAAAACACCUGAGCUGAACCUCAAACGGUAUAAAAAAAUAAAUAAGGAUCUAUGUACAACGAAGAAACAAUGGCUAACUUACUAGCAAAAGUCCGCUAGCUUAAAUGCUAUAAAAUGCUUUUUUCCCCCCAAAAUUCUUAACAAGCAGUUCAGACACAUAUUCCCACAAAAAAACGGCUAAAUAUACCUGUAAACUAAAUUAUGAAUGCAUUAAAAAAACAUUAGCUCAUACAAAAACUUAAGUUGGUCUUAACAUGGAGCAGCUGGAUUCAGCCAUGUGAAAUGAGGCAGACUAGAGGGCAGUCUAUCUACCCAAAUCAAUAAAACUAAAAGCAAACACUUUCAAAAUAAACCAUUACAACACCACUUUAAUUAAACGAAUACUUAAAGUAGCAAAAAUUUGAAUCUUUUUUCCUAAUCGAAUACUCGAGUUAAUCGAUUAAUCGUUGUAGUACUAAUAUUAAUGGCUAUAUUUUGAGGGGAAAAUAAAUUAACUCUAUUAUACAAGAUGCACACAGACUACUUUUCAUUGUGUCAAAGUUAUUUUGUCGGUGUUGUCUCAUGAAAAGAAAUACUUAAAUAUCUGCACUUACUUUUGUGAUACACUGUAUGUAUAUCAACUUCAGGGUAAUAUUUUAAUUAAAUUCAUUUUGUUUUUAUUAACAUUUUAUCAAUGUAUUCAUUACAAAUAGUGUAAAUAAUCAUUAAUAAAACAUACAGCAUGAUUAUUAUUGAGCAUGCGGUGCUAGAGUAGUUAGCAUAUUUGCCUCACAAUUGUGAGAUCAAGGGUUCAAUGCCAGGCUAAGCCUUCCAGUGUUGAAUUUGCAUGUCCUGCGUGAAACUUGCAUGGUAGGCCGAUUGAACACUUCAAAUUAUCUCUUAAUAAGUAUGAGUGUGUGCUUGAGUGGUUGUUUGUUUCCUUGAUCCCUGAGAUUGGCUGGUAACUGAUUUAGGGUGAACUGCUCAUAGGCUAGGUUCAUACUGCAUGUCUUAAUGCACAAUUCGGAUUUUUUGUCAUAUCUGUCUUUUUUGCGUCCCCGUUCAGACAGUCUUUGUCCAUUGAGUCGGUUAAAGUAUUACGCAUGCGCGCUAAUUUACAGUCCAACACACGCUAAGCAAACUGACCCGCAUGCGCAGAAGUAUCAAAACAAAUGCAUCAUUCAGAUGGUCCCUGGCAAACUUCAGACUGGCCUUCACAGGUGCUGGCUUCUCCAGGGGAACCUUCUGAGCAAUGCAUGAUUUUAAACCAUUGCACCAUAGUGUUCUACUGACAGUAACCUUUGAAAUUGUGCAUCCAGCUCUCUUCAGUUCAUUGACCAGCUCCUGACGUGUAGUUCUAGGAUGAGCACUCGCUUUUCCCAUCAUGAGUGAUGCCCCACGAGGAGAUAUUUUACAUGGAGUCCCAGUUUGAGGUAGAUUAUCAUUCCUAUUUAGCCUUUUCUGUUUUCUAACAAUUGCUGCAACUGUUGAUUUAUUAUCACGAAGCUUCUUUCCAGCCUUUUCCAGCUUUGUGGAGCUCAACAUAUUUUUUUCUCUGGUGUCUUUUGAAAGCUCUGUAUUCUUGCCCUGUUGGAUUAUGACUGACUGUAGGGUGCACAGGUGAUAAUGUUGACCUCAAACGGGUGGUGGGUGGGUGGUUACUCAUGGGGUAAAGGUGGACUUCUUUUUAAGGUAGACUGACAACUCUUUGAGUGUCAUAAUUAUUGCUGAUUCUCAGGGGUACAAAUACUUAUGAACCCCAGUAAAUUACAAAUACAUUAUUUUAAAAAAUCAUACAAUGUAAUAACUGGAUUUUUUUAAGAUUAUGUCUCUAUGAGUGGAAAUGCACCUAUGACUGAAAUUUCAGACCUCUACCUAUUUUCUAAGUAGGUGAACUUGCAAAAUCACAAGGGGUGCAAAUACUUCUGAUCUUCACUGUAUACUAACAUCAAUGGCAGCCAAUGAGUUCAAUCAGUUUGAGGAGCAGUCAUGAAAGGGUUAGGGUUCCAACCACAAGCGGAUUUUAAAGGGUGGCCUGGUGGCCGAAAUGUGUCAUUGCAUGAAACUGACUUUCCGACAUAUAUAAAAGUUGUAAAGCAAUAAAACUGCAACAAAAAUAAAUGAAAUGAACAAAAAAAUAUAUUUUUAUAAUGGGUCAAAAUUAUUUUUCGAACAGAUGAUGUGACUAGCACCU